AUGAAUACUAGUAAAAACCCUUCAAAUAUUGUGAGAUUUGGUUUUCUGAUUUUACUUCUUUUGAUCAGUCUAAUCUUAACAAUCACUGAAGCAGGAAGAACUCAUCCUGAUCACAGAAUUCAAAUAAGAAAACAAGAUGUUGAACAUGAUGAGAAAAGAGCAGUAACUAGUAACAGAAGAAGAAGUGGUGGUGGUGGUAAUACUAAUAGAAGAAGAGGUGGUGGUGGUGGUUCAAGAAGAGGUGGUAGCGGGUCAAGAGGAGGAGCACCAAGAAGACAACAAAGUUGUGAUCCUUUGUAUCAGUAUCUGUUUGGAGAUUGUGGUUCGUGGCCAUUCCCUUCAUCUCCUUCGCCUAAUAAUCCUUUUCUUACAACCCCCCCAUCUAGGCCACCGCGCCGUCGCCCUGUAGUGCCACCACCUUCAUCACCUCUUCCUCCUCCAUUAGUCCCUUCUCCACCUCCGCUUGUUCCAAUUUUACCCUCUCCUCCUCCUUUGGUUCCUCAACCACCACCUUUAGUUGCAUCCCCACCACCGCUAGUUGCUUCACCACCACCAACUAUCGUUGCUUCACCUCCACCUACCGUCGCUGCUUCACCUCCACCAGCUCAAGUUGCUUCGCCUCCCCCGUUAGUUCCUUCACCUCCACCACCAACACCUUCACCUCCACCACCGUUAGUACCCUCACCACCCCCACCAACACCUUCACCACCAGCAAUACCACCCGGUGUUAUAAUUCCUCCACCAUUACCACCUAUAUCACUUCUGCCCCCAUGGUUAUCCCCACCAUCGGAUGGUGGUGGUGGUGGUGACAAUAAUCAACCAGGACCGUUAGUGUUUUCACCACCACCAUCUGAUAGUGGCGGCGGCGACGAUAUGCCACCUGAGCCAUUAGUAUUUUCACCACCACCGUCUUUUUCUUUACCACCACCAUCUGAUGAUAGUGGUGGCGAUGAUAUUCCACCUGAGCCAUUAGUAUUUUCACCACCACCAUCUUUUUCUUUACCACCGCCAUCUGAUGAUAGUGGUGGCAUGGAUAUUCCACCGGAGCCAUUAGUAUUUUCACCACCGCCCUCCUUUUCUUUACCACCACCAAUAGAGGAUGGUGGUGCUGCUGCUGAUAUUCCACCAGAGCCAUUACUGUUUUCUCCACCACCAUCUGAUGAAGAUUACAUUCCUCCAGCUGAGCCAGUUUCCCCAUUUUUUACUACACCACCAACACCUGAUUUUCCUUUUCCACAACCUCCGAAUCUAGACCCACCUUCAUUUGAUCCUAACAUUCCAGAUAGUAAUCCUACACCAUUAGUACCAAAUACCCCAGUUGUCGAUGAUCAACCAACUUUGCCACCACCUUUUCCACUUCCACAACCACCUAACUUAGACCCACCUUCAGUUUAUCCUAACAUUCCAGACACUAAUCCAUCACCAUUGGUACCAGAUAAUCCUGUUGUGGAUUACCAACCCACUUUGCCACCGUCUUUUCCUCUUCCAGAAUCACCUAACUUAGACCCACCUUCAACAGUAACUCCCAACAUUCCAGUUCCAGAUACGAAUCCAACACCUCUAGUACCGGAUAAUCCUGUUUUUGGUGAUCAACCACAACCCAUAACAGAGCCUAGUGCACCAUCUCUUCCUUUCUUACCUCCAUCUGAUGAUAGUCCACUGGAUGAUCCACCACCAUCAACUGAUUCUCCUCCUUUCAAGAACUGA